AUGGUUAGUUCGCCGAAUUUCGCACAAUUUGCUUACCCCCGUACUCAAAACAAAGCAAACCAGGUCUCCCAACAAGCGCGUCUCCGCGUGAUCAUCGUCGGUGCUGGCCUUAGUGGCAUUGCCACUGCCAUCUCAGCCGCCCUCUCCGGCCACUCAGUCGAGGUCAUCGAGCAAGCACAGGAGCUCGCCGAGGUUGGCGCUGGUUUACAAAUCACCCCGAAUGCCUCGCGUCUUCUCAAAUACUGGAAGCUUCGGGAUUCACUGUGGGAGGCAGCGGCCGAGCCCACGAAGUUGACUGUGCACCGGUAUUCGGGUGAAGUGUUGGCCCACGACGGCGCUUUCGAUAAGGGCAUCCGUGCCAACUAUGAUAAUGCGCCUUUCGUUGACUUGCACCGAGUCGAUCUGCAACAAGGUUUGUAUGCACGCGCCCAGGAUCUGGGUGUGACUUUCCACCUGGGUGAGAGGAUUGAGCGGAUUGACUUUGACACUACCACUGUCCACUCGGUGGCAGGAAAGCACUACACUGGUGAUCUGAUUGUCGCGGCGGACGGCCUGUGGUCUCAGUGCCGAGAGGCAUUUGAGGGGAGAAAGGAUGAGCCUCUUCCGACCGGUGAUCUGGCAUAUCGGAUUGUUUUGACCUCAGACCAGGUUACCGAUCCAGAGCUCAAGGCACUCGUGGAGAAUCCCGAGGUGCAUUUCUGGAUCGGGCCCAGUGCUCAUGCCGUUGGAUACUCCGUCCGGGGAGGAAAGAUGUACAAUAUUGUGUUGCUGGUGCCUGAUAACCUGCCCCCGGGCGUUUCGAGGCAGCCCGGCUCGGUGGAGGAGAUGAAGGAGCUGUUUGUGGGUUGGGAUCCGAUUCUCAACAAGUUCCUGAACUAUGUCACAAGCGGAAGUAUCGACAAAUGGAAGUUGAUGCAUCACGGCGAAAUGGACAAGUGGGUCAAUGACAAGUCGAACCUUGUCUUUAUCGGUGAUUCUUGCCACCCGAUGCUUCCCUAUCUGGCACAGGGUGCCAACUCCUCAUUAGAGGACGGUGCCGUCCUGGGCCUCUUACUGGGACAUAUGACGGAUAAAGCCCAGAUUCCACGUAUCUUGCGUCUAUAUGAAACUUUGCGCAAGUCUCGAGGAGAAGCCAUCGUUCGGGAGACGUUCAAGCAGAGACACGACUUCCAUUUGCAGGAUGGUGAAGAGCAGAAGAAACGUGAUGAGGUUUUCCUCUCGCAGCUUGGCAAGGAGCUCAAGGGAGCCUUCCCCAGUCGAUGGACAUGCCCAGAAGUUCAGCCCUGGCUAUACGGCUACGAUGCCAUCAAGGAAGUUGAGAAGGCAGUGGCUCAGAAUCCGAAUGUCUUUUCCAAGCAGAUUACAUCUCGGUCAUCUUGCUCACUUUUGUAA